CUUAUCCACACUCCACCCACAAUCCUUUAUCUCUUAGUUUUUUCUUCCUCUCCCACAUCACUCUCCUUUUAUCAAUCCCACUAAUAAUCCAUCAACCCACAAAUUCAACAAAAACCCAGUUCUUGCAGCCACCAUCUAUGGCAGCCAUGAACUCCAGUGUUUUGGCCUGCAACUAUGCCAUUUCAGGCUCUGCAUCUUCCUCAUCUGAGCUCAAUUCCAAGCUUAUUGCAUCCCCAGCCGUGUCUGGUGUCAAGAAGAUGCCUGUGAUCAGAGCCCAACAAGUUAAGGUUUCAGAAUCUUCAUCAAAGGCCAGUGAAGGAAGAAGAGCUGCAAUGAUUUAUCUGGCAGCCACCCUUUUCACCACGGCUGCUGCUUCUGCAAACUCUUCUGCUAAUGCUGGAAUCAUUGAUGAGUACCUUGAGAGGAGCAAAGCUAACAAGGAGUUGAAUGACAAGAAGAGGCUGGCAACUAGCGGAGCAAACUUUGCAAGGGCAUACACAGUUGAGUUUGGAACAUGCAAGUUCCCUGAAAACUUCACCGGCUGCCAAGAUCUUGCAAAACAAAAGAAAAUUCCGUUCAUCUCUGAUGAUUUGGAGUUGGAGUGUGAAGGGAAGGACAAGUACAAGUGCGGUUCUAAUGUCUUCUGGAAAUGGUGAAUUUUAAGAAUCAAGCCGUUUCAUUUGAGACCUUGUAUCUAAUUUUCCAUUAAAUCAAAAUAUUUGUUUAAUAAUCU